GAGUCCGGGUCCGGCCGGGGGAGGGGUGGGAACGCCUCGGACUGCGGGACAGAGGGCCCCGGACCGCGGAGAUCCGGGGUACGGACCGCCGCCGGGUCGCCGGAACGGCGGGGAGACCCGGAUCCCGCGAGACUCUUCCGCCCCACUUCCGGGGCCGCCACUUUCACUUUCUUUUCCGUGGAGGCUGCUCCCCUCCGUCUCCUGACUGACAGGGGCCGCUGCGCCUUGGAGGGAGUUGGGCUGAAAUCCCGCGCCCCGGAGGGCGCUUUUCCCCAGCAGGGAAAAGGGGAGGCCCUCCUCGGGGACUCCCAGCGCCGCGGCUGUGCGUCGUCCCUCCCCGCAGCCAGGCCUGUCCCGUUUCCUCUGUUGCCCUUUGCGGGCUUGCCUUGGUGCCCCCUUUCACCUCCCACGCGGGGUCCCGGCCCGUUCCCUACCCCAGGCCCCAUCCCCGGUCCUCGGGUAGUGUGAUGCUACCCGACUGCCACCGGGGACACCGGGGACACCGAGGCACAAAGAAGGCUUGGGCCGCACCAGAGGUCACCGGCCUGGACUGAGUUGCUCGUGGUCGCCCGUCCUCUAGCGAGUGACCGGGAGGUGGCAUUUCCCCGGAGCUGCAGCCCCUGCCUGGGGGGAUGGGCACAACCACGCCAGAUGGACGAGAAGAUCAAGAAAGCUGAGGAGGUGGCCCAGAGACUCACCCGAGCAGUGGCUGGCGGGGAUGAACAGGUGGCUAUGCAGUGUGCCAUAUGGCUGGCAGAGCAACGGGUGCCCCUGAACGUGCAACUGAAGCCUGAGGUCUCCCUGACACAGGAUAUCAGGCUGUGGGUGAGCGUGGAGGAUGCGCAGUUGCACACGGUCACUAUCUGGCUCACGGUGCGGCCUGACAUGACGGUGGCCUCCCUCAAGGACAUGGUGUUCCUGGACUAUGGCUUUCCGCCAACCCUGCAGCAGUGGGUGAUUGGGCAGCGCUUGGCCCGGGACCAGGAGACCCUGCACUCCCACGGGGUGCGGCGGAACGGGGCCAGUGCCUACCUCUAUCUGCUGUCAGCCUGCAACACCUCACUCAACCCUCAGGAGCUGCAGCGGGAGCGGCAGCUGCGGAUGCUGGAGGAUCUGGGCUUCAAGGACCUCACGCUGCAGCCACGGGGCCCCCUGGAACCAGUCCCCCUGAAGCCCGGGGGCCCCCAGGAGCCGGGGCGGGGGCAGAAUGACGCCGCGCCAGAGCCCCCGCCGGUGGGCUGGCAGUGCCCUGGCUGCACUUUCAUCAACAAGCCCACGCGGCCCGGCUGCGAGAUGUGCUGCCGGGCGCGGCCCGAGGCCUACCAGGUCCCUGCCUCGUACCAGCCGGACGAGGAGGAGCGAGCGCGUCUGGCCGGUGAGGAGGAGGCGCUGCGCCAGUACCAGCAGCGGAAGCAGCAGCAGCAGGAGGGGAACUACCUGCAGCACGUGCAACUGGAUCAGCGGAGCCUGGUGCUGAACACCGAGCCUACCGAGUGUCCCGUAUGCUACUCGGUGCUGGCGCCCGGCGAGGCCGUGGUGCUGCGUGAGUGUCUGCACACCUUCUGCAGGGAGUGUCUACAGGGCACCAUCCGCAACAGCCAGGAGGCUGAGGUUGCCUGCCCCUUCAUUGACAACACCUACUCAUGCUCGGGCAAGCUGCUGGAGAGGGAGAUCCGGGCGCUCCUGAGCCCUGAGGAUUACCAGCGAUUUCUGGACCUGGGCAUCUCCAUUGCAGAAAACCGCAGUGCCUUCAGCUACCACUGCAAGACCCCGGACUGCAAAGGAUGGUGCUUCUUUGAGGAUGACGUCAACGAGUUCACCUGCCCUGUGUGUUUCCACAUCAACUGCCUGCUUUGCAAGGCCAUCCACGAGCAGAUGAACUGCAAGGAGUACCAAGACGACCUGGCCCUGCGGGCUCAGAACGAUGUGGCUGCCUGGCAGACGACGGAGAUGCUGAAGACCAUGCUGCAGCAGGGCGAGGCCAUGCACUGCCCACAGUGCCAGAUCGUGGUGCAGAAGAAGGAUGGCUGUGACUGGAUCCGCUGCACUGUCUGCCACACCGAGAUCUGCUGGGUCACCAAGGGUCCUCGCUGGGGCCCCGGGGGCCCGGGAGACACCAGCGGGGGCUGCCGCUGCCGGGUGAAUGGGUCUCCUUGCCACCCCAGCUGUCAGAACUGCCACUGAGCUGAGGAUGGCCUGGUCCGCAUGCUGACCCAGUCCCACAUCUGCAAGCUGCUGUGGGACAGGGCUGGUGCUUUGGCUCUGAUUUCUGGCCUGGGAGAUGCCUUUGCGCUUGGCUGAGACAGGGGCCCUGAAGAGGCCAAGGCCUCAGAGCUGUGUGGAUGGACUUGUUUGCUGUGGGCAUUGCAGAGGCCCUGCCUGAGCUGGCCAUUGUCCGCGGCUGUAUCUGCCCCAGUGCCUUUGCCCUUCCUCUGGGGCUUGCCAGCCAGACCUUUCAUCUCCUCUCUGUGGCUCCCAUCUCUGCCUAACCCAGCUUUAAACACAGCCCUGGCCGGAGGCCUUGCUGGAUGGAGCCUCAGAGCCCCGUGUGAGUCCACACUUCCCUCAUCCACCUCCCUCGUCUGCAGGACGCUGAGCACUCACAGCCUCCCACCUCCCCUGUUGGCUUUCUGGGGGUGACUUUUCUCUGGCUUUGCUGUUGGAGGCCUGGGGCUUCUUAGAAUUGCUGCUAAUUCUGCUCAGAGCCAAGAGGGAGACCUGGCAGUUUCUAAAGACAGCCCAGCCGGCCCAGCUUCCGUAUCUCCCUCUUUGCCGCCUGUGUAAACUAAUUAAAAUGGUUUCCCAGGAAGGGAUGAGUGUGAUGUCGUGCGA